AUAAAACUGUAAAAAAUAAAAAAGCGAAUGUGGCAUCUAAUUCAUUAAUAAUUGCGUGGUGAUUGAUGAUUGCCAUAAUAGUCAAUAAUUAAUUGUUUGACUUCUUUGCGGUUCUAUCUCAAUCUUGAUAUUUUGAACGAAUGCUUUCUUGCAAUGCCAGUUGCAUAUUUUAUUGGUGGAAUACUGUCGCUGUCGGCUUCCCUUCACUAUGUCCUCUAAAGAUCUACGCUGCGAUCAUUGUACUGGAGAAAAAUCCUAUUCGACGAAGUCAAACUUAAACCGUCACGUUAAAAAGCACCACCCAAAUUUUUCUGUUCCAAAAAUUGCGGGAAAAUGUCAAGAGCCGGAAUGCCAAUUUGUCUUUUAUCACCUUGAAUCUUUGAUUUCACAUCUCUGUGCUUUCCAUAAUCGGGUUGAAUUCAGCGUGAAGGAGAAAACAUUUCAAAAUUUCGAUGAAUUUGUGUCUUGGAAAGCUGAUUUCGAAGAUUUGACUGCCAGCCAAUUCAACCAUGCGAAUGGAGAGAAAAAAACUGGAGCUGAAAAAUCUUUCAGAAUGUAUUCUUGCUUUCGAAAUUUCAAAUCUACCGGAGACGGGAGUUCGAAAAAAGAACGAAAAUUUAAAUGUACCGCUUUUAUUAAGGUUAAAACCACCAGUAAAAGUGUGGUAGCGUCUUACUGUGAGCAACAUUAUGGCCACGAUGUCAACGCUGACCUUCAUUCUCAAAAGAUUCCCGAAAAACUUCGGAUCGAUAUCGGGAGUAGGCUGGCUUUGAGCGCAGACCCACGCGUAAUUGUGCGAGAUGUGCGAAAAGCCGCAUGGGAAAGGCUCCAGAAAGAGGGUGUUCAUUCGCGUGCACUAUACAUCACAUUGCAAGAUGUAUACAACAUUCGUCGCGAAUUAAAGCUGCACUGGGAGCCACGCAAAGCCUGUGAAUACCAGUCCAUGGGACUUGAAGCUGCGUACGAAAACACGGUUCCAUUUCAGGAAAGGAAUUUGUUAUACUUAAAAAAACAUCUCGCAAAAAUGUAUGCAAUUCCCGGAAUUACCCAAAUCCUAUUUUAUUGCCGUUCUUCAGACGCCUUUUCAAAGGGCACAGUUUAAAAGACUAAACCGCAAAAGUCUGUGUAUUGAUGCAACACAUGGUGUUUGUGGCCAGCGAGGAUUUAAACUUAUAACGCUAAUGGGUAUCGAUGCUGCAGAACGCGGAUUUCCAGUUGCACAUUGUAUUGCAAAUCACGAAGACGAACUAACAGUUUCGGCUUUUUUCAAAAUACUGAAAGAGCAAAUCCUAAAUUUCCAUGCGGAGUGGUUUUUAUCUGAUGAUGCUCCUGCGUUUUUUAACGCUUACCAGCAAGUGAUUGGAUGCAAUGCCAAAAAAAUACUAUGUACAUGGCAUGUACGGAAAAAUGUGAAUCAAUGGCUUGACAGACACGCGCGUUCGUUUACCGAUGCGAAAAAGCGAUUCGGCAAUAUUAUGUAUGCUCGCGGAAUAUCUGAAGCGGAAACCGAAAGCGCUGAGCUGAUUAGAUUGGUCAGCACGGACAAGAAGGUGUAUUCUUAUUUAUCACAGUAUCUGGAACGCAUAAGCGAGUGGUCACUGCCGUACCGCAUCGGCGCUGCCUUUUCGACCAGUGCGUUCAUAGAAAGCUUCCACAGAGUUCUUAAGCGCGUACAUCUCAAUGCAAAAACCGGCCUUCGAAUUGAUGAGCUGUACGGCGGCCUACUGGACUUCAUCGAGCAGCUUGAAAUUAAGCUUUUCACUGAUACCGUGACUGCCAGUCCAUCGUACCGACAGCAGCAAAUUAAGCGAAAUCACCGGGAGGCCGUAAAAUCAAUUUCAAAGUAUUCGUUUGAAAAAGAGGCAGAAUCUCGAUUUGUUUGCAAGAACUUGAUUACUCUUAAUGAACAUGUCAUUAUCCUUGCUGAGUGCGCUACAAGAAACUGCGAAACCGUUUGCACCGGAUGCAAUGUUGCGAUUUGUAUUCACGGUUUUCUUUGCGACUGUCCUUCUGCAGUAGGAGGGUUUCGGGCUUGUAAUCACGUCCAUUUGCUCUGUCUAUCCGAAAAAGCACAACUGCAGUCGUCUUCUCUUCCUAAAGAUUCCCAACAAACAGCUGACUUCUACGGUUUCGAAAAUGUCGCCCAGGCGAGGUCAGACUUUCUAGUGUCCACGCUACAGAGCGCUUCCAUUGUGCCACAACCGUCUGGGUCGAAAUAUACAAUGCAGUUGCAGACACUCCGCGAUUUUUUAAAUGACGCGACGGACAAUAAAAGUCCAGAAAACGUGGAGCUGGUGGCGAAGUGUGCUGCGUUAAUUCAGAAACACCGGACGAAAGCUGAUUUGUUAAGUCAGAUUUCUACAACCGGAAUUCGAGAAGCAAAAGCAAGAAAUUCAAGACUAAAACGUCAGCCACGCAGAUUUAAGAAGUCCAAGAAAAAGACUAAACAAGUUUAACGUUCCAAAAGCGAAUAACGUUGGAUAACCUUUGUAGUUGUACUAACUCUGUUACUCUGGUUUGGACUAUAAUGUAACCUCUGCAUUGUGGUAGCUUUAU